CGUCACCGACGCGCAUGCACUCUUGAAGGAGGGAAGCGAUUUCGGGAGAAGGGCAAGGGACGGGUCUUAGCGGAGGUCUUAACGGAGACUGCGCGGACGGUAGCCCCACAGGAACAUGGCGACUUGCGCUGAAAUCCUGCGGAGCGAGUUCCCCGAAAUUGACGGACAGGUCUUCGAUUAUGUGACGGGUGUUUUGCACAGCGGCAGCGCGGACUUCGAGUCAGUGGAUGACCUGGUAGAAGCUGUGGGGGAACUGUUGCAAGAGGUGUCCGGGGACAGCAAGGAUGACGCGGGCAUCAGGGCCGUGUGUCAGCGCAUGUACAACACUCUGCGCCUUGCUGAGCCACAGAGCCAGGGAAACAGCCAGGUGUUACUGGACGCCCCCAUCCAGUUGUCAAAGAUAACAGAGAACUACGACUGUGACACCAAACUUCCAGGACUGCUAAAGAGGGAACAGUCCUCGACAGUGAAUGCAAAGAAGCUAGAGAAGGCUGAGGCUCGACUGAAGGCAAAGCAGGAGAAGCGCUCAGAGAAGGACACACUCAAGACUAGCAACCCCCUAGUCCUGGAAGAGGCAUCAGCCAGUCAGGCAGGCAGCAGAAAAGAGAGUCGUUUGGAAUCAUCUGGCAAGAACAAAUCCUACGAUGUGCGAAUUGAGAACUUUGAUGUGUCUUUUGGAGAUAGGGUACUGCUGACAGGUGCAGAUGUGAAUCUGGCCUGGGGCCGUCGUUAUGGGCUGGUGGGGCGAAAUGGUCUAGGAAAGACAACUCUGCUAAAGAUGCUGGCCACUCGGAGCCUGCGGGUUCCCGCCCACAUUUCCGUGCUGCACGUAGAGCAGGAGGUUGCUGGUGAUGAUACCCCAGCCCUACAGAGUGUGCUAGAGAGUGACACUGUGCGAGAGGACCUCCUGCGUCGGGAGCGGGAGCUCAGUGCCCUGGUCGCCUCUGGCAGGGCAGAAGGCUCCGAAGCUACACAGCUAGUGGAAAUCUAUGCCAAAUUGGAGGAGAUUGAGGCUGACAAGGCACCUGCCAGGGCAUCAGUCAUUCUUGCUGGGCUUGGCUUUACCCCUAAAAUGCAGCAUCAGCCCACCCGGGAGUUCUCAGGUGGCUGGAGAAUGCGGUUGGCCCUGGCCCGGGCCCUGUUUGCUAGGCCAGAUCUUCUGCUCUUAGAUGAACCUACAAACAUGCUAGAUGUCAGGGCCAUUUUGUGGCUGGAGAAUUAUCUGCAGACAUGGCCCUCCACAAUCCUAGUCGUCUCUCACGACCGCAACUUCCUGAAUGCCAUCGCCACAGACAUCAUCCAUCUGCACAGCCAGCGCCUGGAUGGAUACCGGGGAGACUUUGAGACCUUCAUCAAGAGCAAGCAGGAGCGAUGGCUCAACCAGCAACGGGAAUAUGAGGCACAGCAGCAGUAUCGUCAGCACAUUCAGGUUUUCAUUGAUCGGUUUCGCUAUAAUGCCAACAGGGCCUCUCAAGUGCAGAGUAAGCUCAAGAUGCUGGAGAAACUACCAGAACUGAAACCUGUGGACAAAGAGUCAGAGGUGGUAAUGAAGUUCCCUGACGGAUUUGAGAAGUUCUCACCGCCAAUCCUGCAGCUGGAUGAAGUGGAUUUCUACUAUGAUCCUAAGCAUGUCAUCUUCAGCCGUCUCUCCGUCUCUGCUGAUCUCGAGUCUCGCAUCUGUGUGGUUGGGGAGAAUGGAGCUGGAAAAUCCACCAUGCUAAAGCUGCUUAUGGGGGAUCUGGCACCUGUUCAGGGCAUCAGACAUGCUCACAGGAAUCUGAAGAUUGGCUACUUCAGUCAGCACCAUGUGGAGCAACUAGACUUGAAUGUUAGCGCUGUGGAACUGCUGGCACGGAAGUUUCCUGGGCGACCAGAGGAGGAAUAUCGUCACCAGCUGGGCCGAUACGGCAUCUCUGGAGAACUGGCCAUGCGCCCUGUGGCCAGCUUGUCUGGGGGACAGAAGAGCCGGGUGGCUUUUGCUCAGAUGACCAUGCCCUGCCCCAACUUCUACAUUCUGGAUGAGCCCACUAACCACCUGGACAUGGAGACAAUCGAGGCUCUGGGCUGUGCUCUCAACAAUUUCAGGGGUGGUGUGAUUCUGGUCUCCCAUGAUGAGCGCUUCAUCCGGCUGGUGUGCCAGGAGUUGUGGGUGUGUGAAGGAGGUGGAGUCACCCGGGUUGAUGGGGGCUUUGACCAGUACCGUGCCCUUCUCCAGGAACAGUUCCGCCGGGAGGGCUUCCUCUAGGGCCACCAGGCUGAUGACUGUGUCCAGGACAUGAACUGCUUUCUCAGACUCCUGGCCCACCAUCUCCAGGCCAUGGACUUCCCCCAACCUGGGGACAGCCUUAUUCCCAAAUCUCCUUUUGACUGGAGCAUUCUGUGCACAACCUAGAGAACCCCAUCCAAGGGUUUGUGAGGACUGGUCUCCCAGGGGGAGGAGUGGGGUGCUCUCUGAGGCUCUUUCUGGGCCCUGAGUGGCUGCUGUGUAAAUUAAACUUCCCAGUGUAUC